AUGGAGAAACAGAUUAGUUUUCGAAUGGGAAAGAUGGAAAAACAGCAGAGUUUUCGUGUUUCUGCUAUGGAGAAACAAAAGAGCUUUCGAAUAGCCAUGGGAAGACAGAUGAGCUUCGGUGUUGACAGAAAGAAACCCAAAGAUUCACCAGGAAAACGUGGGGAUUCUAUGCUUCAUCUCGCUUCUAGAGGAGAAAAUGGACACUCACAUAUCGUAGCACAGUUUCUGAAACACCUCGAUCUUCAAACCGCAUCAAUCGCCGCCAACAAUGGCUACGAUCCCUUUCAUAUCGCCGCAAAGCAAGGACAUUUAGAAGUAUUGAGGGAGCUUUUGAGUUCUUUCCCGAAUUUAGUGAUGACGACGGAUUCAGCGAAUUCGACUGCUUUACACACAGCAGCUGCUCAAGGACACACAGAUGUUGUCGACUUGCUUCUUGAUGCUGAUUCAAAUCUUGCGAAAAUAGCCAGAAACAAUGGGAAAACAGUGCUUCAUACUGCAGCAAGAAUGGGUCAUUUGGAAGUUGCGAAAUCUGUAUUGACAAAAGAUCCAAGCAUCAGUUUCAGAAUCGAUAAGAAAGGUCAAACUGCUCUUCACAUGGCUGUAAAAGGUCAAAACAUGGACAUGGUGGUUGAGUUAAUCAAACCCGAUCCUACUGUUUUGAGUUUAGAAGAUAACAAAGGGAAUACCGCUCUUCAUAUCGCCACCAAAAAGUGUCGUACUAAGAUUGUGAAAUCCCUGCUGUCGUUUGAGGAGAUCAAUGUAAACGCAGUCAACAAAGCGGGAGAGACGCCAUUAGACAUAGCAGAAAACUCGAAAGUGUCAGAAAUGGUGAAUGUUUUACGUGAAGCAGGUGGCGCUCACUCUAAAGACUUCGGAAAGCCGCCGAACGCCGCCAAGCAACUGAAACAGACGGUGAGUGACAUUAAACAUGACGUUCAGUCACAAAUCCGGCAGACAAGACAAACUGGAUUUAGGGUUCGGAAGAUUGCAAAGAAGGUGAAGAAGCUUCAUAUAAGUGGUCUCAACAACGCAAUAAACUCCGCCACUGUGGUGGCGGUUUUGAUAGCCACCGUGGCUUUUGCCGCCAUUUUUACAGUUCCCGGGCAGUAUGCGGAGGAGAAAAGAGAUGGGUUUUCUCUUGGGCAAGCAAAUAUAGCGAAAAGUGCUGCGUUUAUUAUGUUCUUUUUGUUUGAUAGUUUGGCGCUUUUUAUAUCAUUGGCUGUGGUUGUGGUUCAGACAUCGAUUGUGGUGAUUGAAGAGAAGGCAAAGAGACAACUUAUGUUUGUGAUUAACAAGCUUAUGUGGUUGGCUUGUUUGUUCAUAUCGAUUUCUUUUAUUUCUCUUACUUAUGUGGUUGUGGGAGCUCAUGAGAGGUGGCUAGCCAUUUAUGCAACUGUGAUUGGUGCAACGAUUAUGCUUGCUACAAUUGGGUCGAUGUGUUAUUGUGUUGUGAGGCAUAGAAUGGAGGAGAAGAAGUUGAGAAACAUAAGGAGGGCGGAGACGAAUUCACAUUCUUUUUCAAUGAUGUCUAUGGCUUCGGAUCCUGAGAUUUACAAUGAGAAAUACAAGAGGAUGUAUGCUGUGUGAAAGGAAAUCGAUUCAUGGGUUGGAGAAACGAAGGUUGUUACUAACUAUUAGUUUUGAAUCAAGAAACACAAGAAGGUGUAGAACGACAUGUGAGUGUCUAUAUCGUUGUGUAAUGAAUCUAAUCAUGAGAUGAACGUCUAUGUUUGUAUAUAUAGUUGAUACUACAACUUCAUUGCAGGGAAAGUUGUAUAUUCUAUAUUCUUUGCUUUUUUGAAGUGAUUCUUAUAUCAUGAUUGUUUAGAUUAUGAAUUAUUGUAACAUCCCCCACAUAUUUUAAAUGACGAACCCGAAGAAUCUAGAAUAUUAUAUGUAUGUUUUUA